AUGGUUGGACGUCGACGUAGGGCGGCGUCAACCUCGACAGUCGCAACUAUAGACGAAUCUGCCAUACCAUAUUUCACAGAGGAAUCAAUACUAAAACCCGCCUCUGUCCGAGUGCACACCGACGAUUGGCCGUGCUUUCUCCUCGCCGAUGCGACCAUAUACCACCAAGACGGUACAUUAGCGAACCUAUUGCAUGUUGAUCUAGAAGGGCCGUUGAUUGUUCGUGGAAGACUCGAGAUAGAAAAAGACCAAGAAAGACACUUAGUGCAUAAGAAUCUGAAGGGCCACUCACCUUGGAUCCAAAUACAGAACAGCUUAUCAUUCUCGAUCGGCUUGAAGGAUGACGGACUACCAAUGCCAGUACUUUGGGCUAGCGGCCUAGCAGGCUGGUUCGAAAUCAUCCCUUCAGACGCAUAUCGAGAAAUAUGCGACAACAUGUACCAAGGCAUAUCUCUGCAUUAUGCUUUAUUGGAUGCAUUCGAAGCUGCUCUCGAAGAGCUUCAAGAGGAGCAAAAAAAGAAGGAAAAGAAGAUUAAGAAGACUAAAACAAUUGGCGAUGUCAAAUUUCGUGAAGAAAUCUUCCUUUUCAAAUAUGCUGUGACUGUCGGUGAUGGCGUUACUUUUCCGGAAGCACUACAACGAAUUAGCGAUCAUGCCAUAUUCCUACUUUCACAUUUCCCCAAGGACACCCGCUUCUAUCAGUGGAUGACUAAAAAGUUUCCUGACAUUUCAAAGAAACUUGCCGGAAAGGAUUCUAAUGAUCCUAAAAAUGCUUCAAAGGCGGAUUCCGGCCCCUUGACUGCAAAACCGUAUAAUCCCGCGGAUAAGUCUAAUUUUCUUGAGGUCGCCGAUAGUAGGGGUAAAACUUCAUCGCGAAACUCAGCACCGAAGACGCUGCGCAGCAGCGAAGCCUCCAGUCCGGGAGUGGUCAACGUGCCGAGCGACGACCGUAGGCAUGCUAAGCCUGGUAGGCCUAGGAAAAAGUCACAUCGUUCUGAUGUGGUGAUGCGCGAUGCCCCCCAGGUAUCCAUUGAAGACGACACGGCCCGGUUGAGCCCGCAGCAAAUCAAAGGACAUAAUACAGGAGCUCCUUCGGACGCCGGGUCUUCUCUAUCUGUUUUGCUCGAGGUCUUACUAGAUAUUCGUCGAGACAUAUCGGAACUAUUCGACCAAGGGAAGCAGAAGAAACACCCCGACGAAAUCAAUUAUAAAGGUUGGUGCAAUAAGCUCUAUCUUGAGUUGAGCAUUAAGAACCCUAAAGCGCUACCUGAGGUCUGUGAAUAUUUUGCGUCAGACCUUGUACAAUUACUCUCACCAGAGUGGCACAACAGCCAGUUCUACCAAUGGCUCAAAGAAAAUAUCAACACCAAGCCCAAGUUUGAAUUGAUCUCGGAGGAAGAUAUGAAGCAAAUCGUAAGACGGAAGAAGAAGGGUAAGGCCUCUCACGAAGACACCCACACGCCCACACAAGAACCAGAACCCACUACGAAAGUUGGGGAACAACAAGCGUCCGGUAGACGUCUCCCUAGAAGAGGUCGUCCUAGCGGCAAAGUAGCGGGACUACGUCUUUCUACCGGCGGCAAAAAGCGUCUACGUCACGAAACGUCUGACGCAGAUGAAAUGGACAUUGAUGAAGAUGGGAUAUAUAAGACAUCUAAGAAGUCGAAAUAUUUUGGAGACGAGCAGCUGGAUGAGCAUGACGAAGACGAGAAUGAUACAGACUCAUCUGCAGUCAGCGACGAUGAGGACGUCGAAAACGAAGGCGACGCUCAACUUGCCAGAGUAGUAAUCCGCGCCGAAAAACUACCAUCUACCACACCUACAGGUCCGGACCAGACAUGGACUUGCGAAGAACCUGAUUGUGGUUACGUUGUUCGAGCUGCCGACCAGGAAGAGGGUCAAGCCCUCAUUAAUCAACAUUUCGAGGCUCACGAGAAGGAUGCGCAAGAAGAGGCCGAACGAAAUGCGGCUAGUCAAUCCAAUCUUGAAGGUCUAGCUCUCCAAGAGUCACAAAGGGGGCAUCUCCCCAUUGAUCACCUCCUAGCAAAGAUUCGCAGCAUAGGAGAUAAAACACAAAAGCGUGGUGAGGUACGACUUAACGGCGAGAUCCUACCUCAGCCCAUUAAACGCGGUCUCCUAAUCUAG